AUGGACACCAGCCAGCGUGGAUUCCUCCUGCCGCCACCGUGCCGGGUGAGCCUGGCGUCCCAGGAGGGUCAUCUGUCCACAAAUCGAAAGGAGAAAACAUCGGAUGAAGGUUGUAUAUGGAUGUCAUCACGGAUGCGACAACUAUACGACAACAUGGGUUGUGUUCCCUUGUGGUUCUUCCGUCGUGUGACGUCGGAUGGUGCUGAUGAUAGCAAUGAAGGCCAGAUGGCAUGUGGCAGAGCUAAGUCUUCUCGUAAAAAUGAAGAUCUCUCUGAUGAUGAACUGGAUGAGUAUGAUUUGGACAAUUAUGAUGAAGAGGAAUACACAGGUGAUUUAAAACUUGAAGACUCAUUGGCUGCUUUGGCGGUAUAUGGGAACAAUGAUCAGGAUCCUUACAUCACUCUAAAAACCACUGAUCAAUAUGAGCAGGAGGACUUUUUGAUUAAGCCCAGUGACAAUCUUGUCCUUUGUGGCAGAGUUGAUAAAGACUACUGUAGUUUGGAGGUCCACGUUUAUAAUCAUGAAGAAAACUCAUUUUAUGUGCAUCAUGAUAUUAUCUUGCCUGCUUACCCUCUGUGUCUGGAGUGGUUGAAUUUUGAUCCUAGUCCUGAUGAAUCACUAGGAAAUUAUGUUGCAGUGGGUAACAUGACCCCGGUUAUUGACAUUUGGGACCUCGAUAUAGUAGAAUCCUUAGAACCAGUCUUUUCUCUUGGAGGCACGAAAGAAAAAAAGAAGAAAAAAAAAGGAAAGAAAAGUUUAUCUUCAGAAGACACAGUGAAAGGACAUACGGAUGCUGUGCUUGACCUUUCGUGGAAUAAGCAAAGCAGGAAUGUUUUAGCAAGUGCGUCUGCUGACAACACUGUGAUUUUGUGGGAUAUGUCUGUGGGUAAGCCAGCAGCCAGCCUGAUGCUGCAUACAGACAAGGUCCAGACAUUGCAAUUUCAUCCGUUUGAAACUCAGACCCUUAUUUCUGGAUCUUAUGAUAAAUCAGCUGUGCUGUAUGAUUGCAGAAACCCACAAGAUAACCAUCGAACAUGGCGGUUUAGUGGUCAGGUUGAAAGAGUAAUCUGGAAUCAUUUUUCACCUUGUAAUUUCUUAGCAAGCACAGAGGAUGGUUUUGUGUACUGUCUGGAUGCUCGUUCCGAUAAGCCAGUGUUUACUCUGAAAGCUCAUGAUGAAGAGGUGUCAGGGCUACAACUAAGUAGUCAGAUCAAAGGGUGCCUUGUGACAUCAUCUGCUGACAAAUACGUGAAAAUUUGGGAUAUCCUGGGAGACAGACCAAGUUUAAUCCAUUCCAGAGCUAUGAAAAUGGGUGUUCUUUUCUGUGCUGCUUGCUGCCCUGACUCCCCAUUUGUUUUUGCCUUUGGAGGAGAGCGAGAAGGGCUGCGUGUCUGGGAUAUAAGCAAGAUUUCUGCAGUGAAUGAAGUUUUUGGCAACAGAGAGAGACAUGUUCUGGCUAGUGCCAACUCCGCGGCUUGCAGCUCCACAGCCGGCAGUAGCAGCAACGAUUCGGAGACGGCAAUGGAAUCAUGAUGGAUCAAACAAAAUCAAAGCAGUUCAUGGGACUACGACUAAUGUGUAUUCUACAAAUCCCCCUGUUUGGUGAGAGUUCAUAGAAAUUACUUGAGUGUCUGGCAAUCUGCAGGCUUCUUCAUCUCAGACAGAGAAAGACGGUGAUGUAGUUAAGCUCUAAGUCAGCAGUUUUAAAUUCCUCCCUCUGUUACCGGCUUUGAAAGAUGAAAUCACUUGCUUUUGCCUG